AUGGAUAUCAACUCAGCAACUUAUGUACAGCCCGGUUUUGUCAAGCUCGAAAGGCAGCAUGCUCCUGGUAUGUUUCGCCUCUUCAAGAAUAUCGACCACGAGAUCAAGAGUCUUGGAAAACUUAACAUUGUGCAUUCAUUCUUGUUAAAGCCGGCGACGCAGGAUACUCUGCAUUGGGUUCCUCGUCCCCAUUUUGAUGCGCUUCGCACUCCAGCCGAUGCGAGCUCUCCUCCUCCAUUCGACGAGGACAGCGAUGAUACUCUUGCUGAUGCUCAGCCUCCUGUCGUCACCCCAGCGGAUGAGUCACCCUCGAAUGCGUCUUCACCAGUCACUCCUUCUCCGGCUGGUUUGUCUUCGGCUGGCUCAAGUUCCUCCUCGGACUCGUCCUCUCCAGCCUCAACUCCUGAUAGUCCAAGCUCGCCCUCGCCCCCGCCGGCUGCACCCGUCCUCCAACGUGGUGAUCGUGUGAGGGUUGGGAGACUGAACUGGCUGAAAAUUCAGUCUUGGUCAAGAAACAGAGUUACUUGCUUGACUACUUUAUCGGUGAAAGCAUCUUCCGCUAGUAAGGAACAUGAUAAGAGAUCACCAGUGGUUAAAAUGUGUGGCUUAACGUCAGCUAGAGAUGCUGCAAUCGCUGCAGAAGCUGGAGCUAAUUAUAUAGGGAUGAUUCUCAAGCAUGGCUGGCUAUUAGCAGGGGGGAUAAAUCCCGAAAACGUUUCUGAAGCUUUGAGAACCCUUCAGCCUGAUGGCAUAGACGUUAGCAGUGGCAUUUGUGGCUCAUAUGGAAUCACCAAGGAUCAAUCCAGAAUAUCCUCAUUCAUGAGUGCCAUACGUUAA